AUGGUCAAACGUGUUUCCGUCCUCGGUUGCGGUUCUUGGGGUACUGCUAUAGUCAAAGUUGUUGCUGACAAUGUUGCAUCGUCAAGCGAGUUCAAUUCUGAGGUUUAUUGGUAUGUACGAGAUGAAGAACAUGAUGACCAAAGUUUAACCACUUGGAUUAAUAAAGAUCACACGAAUCCCAACUAUUUAUCGAAAUUAAAAUUGCCUACAAAUAUCAUCGCAUCUUCUGACAUCAGAAAAGUUGUUGAAAGUGCUGAUAUUAUCAUGGUCGCCUAUCCUCCGUUUUACAUCAUAUGGUUGGUAAACCAUGUCAAAGAAUUUGUCAAGGAGAACGCUUAUUUUGUUUCAUUUUGUAAAGGUCUAAUUUUAUGUCCUGGAGAAAAUAGAAUCAGGCUAGUAAGCGAUCUUAUACGAGAGCAAACUGGUAAACGUUGUUUGGUUGUAAUUGGAGCAACAACAGCUCUUGAAGUGGUUGGAGAACAGUUCACCGAACUAACUAUUGGUUCUAAGAGUCUUGAAUGUGGACAUGAAGUUAAAAGACUUCUUCAGACAGAUUAUAUGAAAUUAGUCAUAACUGAAGACGAUGUUGGUGUUGAAUUAUGCGGUUCAUUGAAAAAUGUCGUAGCGAUAGCAGCAGGGAUAUGUGAUAGUCUAAAGUUAGGUGAUAAUACGAAAGCAGCUGUAAUAAGGAUUGGUUUCUGGGAAGUGUCUGGAUUAAUGCAUGAACUAUUUCCUGAUAGAGGUACAAAUUAUCUAACAACAGAGCAAAGUUGCGGAAUAGCUGAAUUAUUCACGUGCAUGUCUCAUAAAAUCGAUGACAUUUCCGUUAUAGGAGAUCUAGAUCUGUUGAAUAUUAGUAUUGGAAGACAAUUAUCUAACAAUGAUACCAAUAGACCAUCAAUUCGUUCCAUAACUGAUAAAAUACCAUACAGAACUUUUGUAGACGGAGCUGAAUACGCAAAACAGAUAUACAGUAUCUUAGCUGACAGACGUCGUACUGGACAUUUUCCAUUAUUUGUCGCUGUUCAUCGUAUUUGUCAGAAUGAAAUAAAACCACAAGAAUUGAUUACAUGUUUACAGUCACAUCCUAUUCAUGCUUAA